CGGCAUAAAAUUGUACUCCGUAGAUUAUUUCUGAGUUUCCCAGAGGCGAGAUUAAUUUUAAUCUAAUCUUUAUUCUCCUGCGCCGACGAGUGCUUCUGAUUUCUGAACUGUCUCAUCUCCGAUAAUCCUCCACUGCCCACCUUACUCUGUUCGAUUAUUUUGCUUUAUCUUUAUACCUGCAGAAGUAUAUAAGUCAGGGGCGUUUAGGAGUUUUGGAAUGUCACAUAGCAGUAGUGAAAGCAGUCGAGGUGUGGCGAUUGGUUCUGAAUUCCAUUUGUCGGACGAGGUGUUAUCGGUUAUCCCGACUGAUCCGUAUGAGCAGUUGGAUCUGGCUCGGAAAAUCACUUCAAUGGCGAUUGCGUCCCGCGUGACGAAGCUGGAGUCAGAAGUGGGGCGGCUUCGAGGAAUGCUUCAUGACAAGGACCGUGCUAUUGUUGAGCUCGAGGAUAAGGUCUCCCACCUCGAGCAAAGCUACCAGGAAUCCGAAUUACGAUUGAAAAUCACCCGUGAAGAUAAUAUGAAGCUUUUGAAGGAGAGGGAUACACUGGCUUUGACAGCAAAGAAGCUUGGUCGUGAUUUAGAAAAGGUACUCUCUUACCUUUUUCGUGUGCUGUAGAAAAGUGGAAGUUAAACGAUAUCAUUUUGAUUUUUUGCUUGCUUAUGUGUGUCAUGUUGUGGCUGUAUUAGCAACAAUGGCUGUAUGAAAUUCGCCUCUUUCAUGGCGAUUUUACUCAACAUUAUUGCCUCCUACGUUAUGUUACAGCUGUAUAGAUACUCAAUUUGAGGAGAUUAUGUCACAGAUAUGUUACAGUUGUAUAUAUGCUCAACAAAAGGAGAUUUUUGUUACUUAGUAUAGAAUGUGCACUUUACUAGAUUAGCUAGAAUUACUCAGUUGUAUGUAUAUAUUCAAUGUUCUUUGUUCAAUACAGACACUAAAAACAUUUCAUACUUCUUCUAUAUAAAAAUGGUAUUAGAGCCGAUACUCAAGAUACAACCCUAAUUAAGUAAUGGUAAUAAGUUGAAAAAUAUGGCAAUCUAAAAUACUAUUUGGAGAUUUAUAUGAUAAUAAUAAAAUAUAGCUUAUUAGUAUGGUUAUUCCUAUAACAGUGUUAGCUCAAGUGCAUAAGCUGCAAAGUCAAUGUUACUCCGAAGCUUAAAAAAUUGUCUUUCAGAGUCAUCUUUAAACAAAAUUGGCGGAUAUGCAGGGGUGGAGCUACAUUGAAGUGUUCACUGAUGUUGAUUGACCAUUUUUUCCCUCUAAUUAUACAGGGAUUACUGGAUAUCUAUGUAUAUAUCUUCUAAAAUUUGAAUAGGUCACAAGUUGAUUUGUUUUUAUCCUGGCCAGUGUAGGAGUAAUAUUGCUCUAAAAAUCUCUAUCUGACAUUGCAUGGCCUCUUUUGACCUUCUCUAUUUUUUCCUCUUUUGGUCCCAUCUGUCCUUAAAUAAUCACGCCUGAGGCCAAUUAAGCGCUAGGUCCAAACCGCUACCUGAUAGGGACCUACCUAUUAGACUAAUAAUAGAAGUAAUAAUAAUAAUAUUAGUAAUAAGGGUCUCUAUUAUAAAUAGACGGGAAGGGGGAGUAGUAAGUAGGCUUUUGGGACUUGGGCCUGGACUGGGAAGAUUAGAGAGCUAUUCUCUUCUCUUUGGGAGGCUUCGGCCUUGGUUACUGUAUUGUUCAUCUCUUCUCUAAUAAAAUUCAGUUUGAUUUCAUGAAUUCUUUCUGUAAACUGUUCUGGAAUUGGGAGGUUUCUAACAUUGGUAUCAGAGCAAACGAUCUUGUUACCUGUAAUCCUGUACUGGAACGAUGGAAGAUUGGGGACUGUUUUGGGAAAAGAGGCGUGAAGAAAACAGGAGGUUUUGCGAAAAGAUGAGCGAAGAUACCAGACGUUUUUGCGAAGAGAUACGCAAAUUAAGCUUGCAAAGAAACAAUCGGCACUCACGAGGAAAGUCGAGGACCAAGUCGCAGAAGGAAUCGCAGAAAGAGACUGAGCUGCGAAAGUUGCAGGAGUCGUGGAAAGAGCCGCGAACUGUUUCGCACUCGCGAAAGGAGUGGCGCGGAAAAUUGGGGAAGUUCGCAGAAAAGAAUGAGCGCCAAAAAGUGGAGAAGGAGAAGAAGCCAUCAAACCUGGAAAAGGAGAAACGUACGAAGAACAAGGAAAAGGUGGAAAGUGCUGGGGCGAAGAAUAUGAACACAGAGUUGGCAGAGUUGCGCACCAAGAUGCGGCCCCAACGUCACAGGAGAGGAAGAUCGCGGAAGGUACGUCGCUGCGUGAAUUCGAAGAGCAAAGGUCCAUCUCAGUCGGAAGAUACUUCUUUCGGUCCUCUGGCUUCGACUCAAGUAGAAAACCCUAGUUCGCAAUCUCUAUCUGAGUCCCCAGAGUUGGUUAAUCAGCAGCAACCGGAAGGUACACACACCUAUGGAUUUUCCAGACGUAAGAUGUUUUCCAAGUACGAUCUUGACCAGUCAGAUCUUGAAACCAAUAGGUUCAAACUUCUUCAGGUAGGCAAUAUUUCUUUUCAUCUUGCACACAAGAAGAACUGGCCAAAUGGCCGCAAGACUGAAAUGAUGUAUCGCCAGUCAUCAAACAUUGUGUUGGAAGGAUUGAACAAAUAUGAUAAUCUUACAUUGGAAGGUGUUACUUCUAUGAAAAUGAAUAAAAAAGGAUUGGGGCAUUAUGUAUCUAUGUUGAAAUAUGAUGUAGGAAGAAGACAUGUUGUACAAUUGCCAGAUUAUGUUUUUCCUAAUCCUGCAACCGGAAAUUCAUGCUUGGAACGAAAGAGGUCUGGUCCAGGGGUUCUUGAGGAUCGGGUUCAUCCUUUUUCUUGGGAAUCAUAUGCCAUUAUUCAAGUUGGGGUAAUGAUUUCACAUGGAGGUCCUCUAAAUUGGAUGGAGGGUGUGAGCAGAGGAAGGGUUGCUAUUGCUUAUAAAGGGGCUGAAACUGCUGAGAAGCACUCUUUCACUAUGUUUCAAGCAAUUUUGAAACCCAAAAUUGAAGGACUAUCUACCCAUUACAAUUCAAGGGAUCAUCAAUACUAUUCCCCAGUUGUUUCCUUUGUUCUUGUGAAUCUGAAUGGAAAGGAACCAAGUAUACUUGACUCCCCUACCAACUUGUGGGAAUUUUCCCAUUCAAAAACUGUCGAGGUUCUCGUUCGAGAGAGAAUAGUUGUCCAUCAUAAACUGUAGGGAGGGAAAUGUCAAGAUAUGCCGGCCCUGAACAUAAAAAUAAAUGAAUCGUUGAGUAGCAAAAAAGCCUAAAAAGGAAUAUGAAGAGUUGAAGAAAGAUAGAGUGGGAAAUUGAAACACAAGUUCGAAAAAUCAUAAAAUAUCAUUUUGAGAAUCUAUAAAGUAUAUAAGUCAGGGGCGUUUAGGAGUUUUGGAAUGUCACAUAGCAGUAGUGAAAGCAGUCGAGGUGUGGCGAUUGGUUCUGAAUUCCAUUUGUCGGACGAGGUGUUAUCGGUUAUCCCGACUGAUCCGUAUGAGCAGUUGGAUCUGGCUCGGAAAAUCACUUCAAUGGCGAUUGCGUCCCGCGUGACGAAGCUGGAGUCAGAAGUGGGGCGGCUUCGAGGAAUGCUUCAUGACAAGGACCGUGCUAUUGUUGAGCUCGAGGAUAAGGUCUCCCACCUCGAGCAAAGCUACCAGGAAUCCGAAUUACGAUUGAAAAUCACCCGUGAAGAUAAUAUGAAGCUUUUGAAGGAGAGGGAUACACUGGCUUUGACAGCAAAGAAGCUUGGUCGUGAUUUAGAAAAGCUGGAGUUGUUCAAGAGGCAAUUGAUGCAAUCUCUGAGUGAAGACAAUUCAACUCAAUCAGAAGCAGUUGAUAUUGGCACUUAUGAUCAAUUAGCUGCAAAGUCACUUUCUCCUAAAGAUGCUGCUAAUGGCUACAUCUCACAAUAUGCCUUUAAUGGGGCUAAAGAGAGUGCAGGUGUCAAUGAUGAUGCAUCAAAACAAUCUAUUCAAAGAUUUGCCGUGACGCCUUACAUAACACCCCGGCUUACCCCAACUGGAACGCCAAAGGUAGCAUCAGCUAGUGUAUCUCCCAGGCGAUAUUCUGCUGCUGAGUCUCCUCACAUAGCAUCUGGCGCAACAUCGCCCACAAAUUCUCAUUACGAGGGUCGGGGUUCAAUGUCGUCUUUUUUUCCAUCAAGUCAACAAUCUUCAGCUGCAAACUCACCACCAAGAUCACGCCCUACGUCAGGUCAAACUCCUCGAAUAGAUGGGAAGGAGUUCUUUCGUCAAGCCAGGAGUCGUCUAUCGUACGAGCAGUUCAGUGCAUUUUUGGCUAACAUAAAGGAGUUAAAUGCACAUAAGCAAUCUCGUGAGGAAACUUUGAGGAAAGCGGAAGAUAUAUUUGGCAAGGAUAACAAGGAUCUUUAUACAUUGUUCCAAGGUUUGCUUAACCGCAAUGCACGAUAGAAUUGUACCUGUAGCUUAUAUUCAUGUGUUUAUCCCUACCUUCAUGGUGGUUGCUUAGGUUUUCAUGUUCUGUUUUUCUUGGUAGACAUUCUAUCCGUGCUUAUCUCUCAUUGAAAGAUUUGUAACACAAAACUUGUUCAGUUGAUAUGAGAUUCAUCAGUAAUAAUGUUUCAUGAGUUAGGCUCUGUUUGGUUUCAUGAUUCGGCAUGUUCUCUGC